AUGGUACAUCAAUAUAAAGUUACCCAGAAAGUUCAAUAUCGACCAGAUCCUCAAAAUAACUCCGCACCUACUAGACAUGGAGUAAUUAAAGAAUUAAGACCAAAUUUAAAGUAUAUCGUCGAAACCGAUGGACAAAAAAGAGAAAUUCAUCAAGAUCAAAUUGCUGGACCCUCUCCACCCGCAUAA